AUGGCCUUGUUCUUCAGUGCAAAUGCUAUUCGCGUACAACUGCCAGUCUCGCGCUUCUACAAUCCCCUGACUGACUAUAUCGACUUUGACAAUGAUUACAGCGCGUGGAAGAAUCGACAAGAUCGAUUUGCUUUCUGUCAGUACCCGUUUUGGAUCACAUUGAAGCAGAAGCAGCGAAUUUUGGCCGUUGAUGCAUAUCGCCAGCAGCGUCUUAAAGUCCGGGAGGCGUACUUUGCGAGCCUUGACUCUGGCAAGGACGCGUCCGCAAUCUUUGAGCUCAAUAUUCGACGUGAGCAUCUCAUGGAAGAUUCACUCAGAGAAAUUCCUGCACACGAAGACGACCUCAAGAAGAAGUUGGUGGUCACCUUUCAGGGAGAAGAAGGCGUCGACGCUGGUGGUCUACGAAAGGAAUUCUUCUUGCUCCUCUGUCGGCAACUUUUUGAUACGUCCUUUGGCUUGUUCAUUCGCGACGAGCAGUCCAACUUUUGCUGGUUCAAUCCCGAGUCGGCCGGGCAGUCUUCUGAGUUUUUCUUACUGGGCGUCGUCUUGGGCUUGGCUAUCUACAACUCGACUAUUCUUGAUGUUCAACUGCCUCCGGUACUUUUCAAGAAAUUGGUUGGGCAGAACUGCACACUGGCUGAUCUCAAAGUUCUCCACCCACAACUUUGGCAUGGCCUUCAGCAGCUGCUCGACUACAAGGGAGAUGACCUAGAGGAAACAUUUUGCCGUACGUUUGUGAUAGAGCGACAAGUUGGCACGAGUAAGAUUCUCAAGACGAUUCCACUGUGCCCGAAUGGCGAAGACGUGCUUGUUAAGCAGAGCAAUAAGCGGGAGUUUGUUUCCCGCUAUUGUCGAUAUAUCUUGGAGGAGUGCUGCCAGCGGCAAAUGUUUCAUCUGUCACGCGGAUUCCAUCAAGUGGCUGGUGGUAAUGCACUAUCUCUGCUGCGGGCGGAAGAGAUUGAGUUGUUGGUGCGUGGAUCGCCUGAUGCGUUGAAUCUGGAUGACCUCAAGGCAGUAUGCAAUUAUGAAGGGUUUCCACUUGCAAGCAAAGAUCCACUAUCAGAGCCUAUCAUCAUUUGGUUCUGGCAGUGCUUCGAAUCUCUUGAUCCAAUGCAGCAACGAGCGCUACUCUCGUUCAUUACUGGGUCUGAUCGAAUUCCGGCAACAGGCACGGUGGAUCUCAAGUUUCGCAUCUCGGUGGACCGUUAUCGAUCUUCUCAGAUGCUGCCGGUUGCACAUACUUGCUUCAGCCAGAUUAUUCUGCCGCAGUAUGAGUCACUCGCAGAGACACAGGACAAGAUACGCCUCGCGAUACGCGAGGGGAAUGUUGGGUUUACAAUUGCGUGA